AUGGACUACAACCAAGACGGCUUUCCCAUCACCGCACUACGAGAAAUCUCCAUCCUGCAACGCUGUAAACAUACCAAUAUCGUCGACCUCCUGGAAGUUUUGUCCGGGGACGACCCCCAAGAAUGUGUUCUGGUUAUGGAAUUCUUCGAACAUGACCUCAAGACGCUACAGGAAGAUAUGAGUGAGCCCUUUAUGGCGAGUGAAGUCAAGACGCUACUGCGGCAACUGGUUUCUGGGGUUGGAUUUCUGCACGAGAACUUCAUCAUGCAUCGCGAUCUCAAAACAUCGAAUAUCCUACUCAACAACCGUGGCCAGCUGAAGCUCGCUGACUUUGGUAUGGCGCGAUAUAUCCCGCCUGCGAAUGCACCUCUUACACAGCUGGUCGUCACGCUAUGGUACCGCGCACCCGAACUCUUGCUAGGCACAAGAGAUUAUGGAACGGAGGUCGAUAUGUGGAGCGUAGGCUGUAUAUUCGGUGAACUACUUGCAAAAGAGCCGUUACUGCAAGGUAAGAACGAGGUCGAUGAGCUCUCGCUCAUCUUCUCUCUCUGUGGCCUCCCCUCCGAGAAGACGUGGCCACAAUUCUACCGCCUGCCCAACUCCAAAUCAUUGAAAUUACCGCGCGACCACCGUAAUAUCUCAGGCUUCAACCGUGCGAAAUUUCCCUUUCUAACGGCAUCCGGAAUCGAGCUCCUGUCUUCCCUAUUAUCGCUGAACCCCGACCAUAGGCCUACAGCAAAAGAAGUACUAGAACAUCCCUACUUCAAGGAGCAGCCCAAACCGAAACCGACCGAGAUGUUUCCCACGUUUCCGAGUAAGGCAGGACAGGAGAGGAGGAGAAAGAAAAGUCCGAAUGCGCCGAAGAGGGGAGAAGCGCCAGGGCAGGGAAUUUUGGACUUUAGUAGCAUCUUCAAAGGGCGAGAGGAGGAAGAGAAGGGAGCAGGUUUUCAGUUGAAGAUGACUUGA